GAGAGCUUGGUAGUAGAGGUCCAUCAAGGACCAUUAGGCAAAGGAGGAUCACCUGGUCUUAAAGGAAUAAAAGGACAGAGUGGUAUUGAUGGUGAUAAAGGAGAGAAAGGAAGGGAAGGAGGACCAGGAGUUAAUGGAACCAAAGGACUAACAGGAGAGAAAGGAAUGAAAGGAGAGAAAGGUUCUAUUGGACUACAAGGAAACAAAGGAGAUACUGGCACUAAUGGAAGAAAUGGUAGCAUUGGCCUACCUGGAAUUGACGGUAUUUCUACUACGCCUGGUUCCAAAGGAAUGUUGGGUGGACCAGGAAGAGAAGGAUUAUUAGGAGCAAAGGGGCAUCAAGGACAAACAGGUUUAUCUGGAAUUGAUGGGGUGCCAGGUGUUGCUGGAAAACGAGGGCUUCCUGGUAGAGAAGGUAACAUUGGUAUGUUGGGUGAUGAAGGACAAAAGGGACAAAUGGGCCCAAAGGGAAUGAAAGGUAAACGUGGCGAUAGAGGGUUACACGGGCUAAAUGGUGCUAGAGGACUUAAUGGAAGUCAAGGGAUUAAAGGAGUUAAGGGAGAAUUGGGUCCUCCUGGGAAUCGAGGUCCUACUGGUGAUGCUGGUGAUAGAGGAAUGGAUGGUACAAUGGGAAUGAAAGGAGAGAAUGGAAGUAGAGGAGACAAUGGAAUGAUUGGAUUACCUGGAGACAGAGGGAGAAAAGGACAUCAGGGAAACAAGGGAGUAGAUGGAAGUAAUGGAAUUGAUGGGAGACGGGGAAAACCAGGCUCUGUGGGAAACAAAGGAGCUAUUGGAAAUAAAGGAGACAAUGGAACCGAUGGGAUGAUGGGUAUGAAGGGAAUGCCAGGUAGCAGAGGACCAAUAGGGCCACUAGGACCAACUGGAUCAACUGGAUUUCAUGGAAUAAAAGGACCUAAUGGUGGGAUUGGUGAUAAAGGAGAAAAAGGAUAUAAAGGAGAACAAGGAAUAACUGGAAACAUUGGUAUUACUGGAAUCACAGGAGAUGAAGGAAUGAAAGGAGAAAGAGGCCCUGUUGGGUUUAAUGGUGAUCAAGGAAAUAUUGGUGAUAAAGGAAUGAAGGGCUUGCAUGGACUAAAAGCCCAAAAGGGUAAUACUAGUCAUAUUGCCAGUACUGGUGAUAAAGGAAUUGUUGGAUCCAGUGGGGACAAAGGAAUGAUGGGAGACAAAGGUGACAUGGGGGACAUUGGACCAACUGUAAAUGGAUCAGUGGGACCUAUAGGAUUUAAGGGUGAGAAAGGGGAUAAAGGUAACAGAGGAUCCAAAGGAGACAUUGGUUCUGAGGGUCCUAAAGGCACAAAAGGUAUGAAUGGUCCUCCUGGUGAUGGUGUCAUUGGAUCUAAGGGUGAGAUGGGUCCAUUUGGAGAUCCUGGCUCUAGAGGAGUUGAUGGUGAAAUUGGUAUGACUGGUGAUGAUGGUGAUGAUGGUGAAAAUGGUUUUAAAGGUUUUAAAGGAAUUACUGGAGAUCCUGGUGCUCGUGGAUUGAAAGGUUUUCCAGGUAUGAUCGGUGAUGAUGGCAAUGUGGGAAGCCCUGGAGCAAUUGGUCCAGCUGGUAGUAUUGGGUCAAAAGGAAAUACUGGUCCUCCUGGUGAUAAAGGACUAAGAGGAUCAAUUGGUUCUACUGGUAUUAUUGGAAAUAAAGGAAUGCAAGGAGUAAAUGGAGACUUGGGCAUGAGAGGGGAUGAUGGCGAAGCAGGAGAAAAAGGUUUUAUGGGAAAUAAAGGAUAUAGAGGUCUUCGUGGAAUUACUGGAGCACGGGGCGACCCUGGAACAAAAGGAGAAACCGGUAUCAUUGGUGAUAAUGGUGAGACUGGUGUGCAGGGAGAUAAUGGAACCAAAGGAGAUGCUGGUCGUGUUGGAAAGCCUGGUCCAAAGGGAACUACAGGAUUAAUAGGAUUUACUGGAAAGCCAGGACUAAGAGGAGAUACUGGAAAUACGGGACCACCUGGCAAAAAAGGCUUGAUUGGUGGUGUUGGGCCAAAUGGAGACAUUGGUGAUAUGGGCUUGAAAGGAUCGAAAGGCAUCACAGGCCCUAAAGGAGUAAAUGGAUCAAAAGGUGAUAAUGGAAGUACUGGAAUGGAUGGAAGAAUAGGAAAAAUGGGCUUG